GAAGAAGUAUAAUUCUAACACCAAACAGAUCCUCAACCGAGAUAAGAAUUCGCAUUCGGCAUUCAUUCAGUAAAAUGUUCAAAAAACUGAAUAACUAUUUUCUAGUUAAAAUAUGACAUUAGACUUAAGAUGAAAAAUAGAGAACGUUUAAUGUUUAUACAAAAUCUAUAAGCGGCCUUAAUCAUCUACCAUGAGGCACUUCGAAAACGUUUCUAUUUCUUCCAACAAUCUCCCAUUUUCACUUUGACAUGCACUAGACAAAAAAGUAAUGGACGAAUGUGAUUCCAUGAGAUUAAUGAAAAACUCAUUUGCUUUUCUUAAAUCACAUUGAGUAGCUGCAGCGCUAUUAUUGUGUGCGUGCUUUUUCCUAACAUCUUGAACUUUGUCUCUGUAAAUACCUCUUCUACAGUCCUGCAUAUACCAAAACCUGCGUGUUACUACACUCAUAUAUCCAGGGUCAGUCACGUAGAUUUUAGAGGCCUUCAUCUGAAUGAGAACCCAAAAAAAGUAAAAACAAUAUUACCUACGUCCCAAAAAACUGUCAUUUCAUAAAAUUUUAGCAAAGUACUUGAUUAAUAUAAUAUUAUGAAGUUAUAAAUUUUAUAUUUUUAUGAAAGUACUUUUAGCAAAGAACAUUUUCAUAUCAUUUUUAUAUUAUAAAUAAUUUCCAAUAAAAAAUAUAUAGUUGGUUAACGCUUUAAAGGUGGCAAAGUUUUUGGAACAAAGGUAGUAUUAUAUAAUAAUGUAUAUAAAUUUCAUAAAAUAAAAAUAUAUUAAAUUAUCCAAGAGAAUAUAAAUCUUAUAUUGUUAAAGUACAAAAAUUAGAUAAUCUUAGAACAAUAUUUCAUAGUGGAUGAGCGAUAAUUUAAGGAUGAUUGUCCUCCUAGUAACCUUCGAAACAAGAUCAAUAAUUAAAGCGUACAAUAAAAAUGCUUUAUUUCAUCAUUUGUAAAAUAAAGCCUAUGACUACUAACAUAGUACGUAUUAUUUUUGGGGGUCCCUCGAAAAAAUUGGCCCUGGUGCUAACUAUAUAUUUCACCUCCUAAAAACCGCUCCUAAUAAAAUCAAUCUACUAAAGGAAAAUCCCUCCAUGUCCCAAUGAUUGUCUCAUACUCCGUAUUUUCUUUUCAAUGUCUCACUAAGAUGGUCUCAUAACAAUUUUGGUAAAGUUUGUGUAGGUCUAAAUAAUUCUUAUUUUAUUCUUAUUUUAUCAAUUUAAUAUCAACCACAUAAACUCAAUUUUCUUAAUAACAGUAACAUCUCAUCAUGUUCUAAUAACAGUAAAAAACAGUAACAUUUUUUUAAUUUGAUACAUUUUUAUUUAGGCCUUGUCAUAUGGACCGAGACUUAAUAGUCUUAUCUAAUCUAGUCUAGCAUGGUCUGAUACUUUGAUUUGAUAUUUUGUAUUUUGUUAUUUAAUAUGACGCUUGAUGGAUCUGGUUUGUUUAUGUAUUGUAUGAUGUAGUCGAAGAUCUCAUUGAUCUGGUUUGAGCUAAAAUAAGUCCUUAAGUGUUUUGUGUGAAAUAAUAAUGAAUUGGCUUACCAAACAGGUAGAUAUUUAAAAUAGGUAAAGUGUUACCAAUUACACAAGAGCCCCCAUAUAUGUGAACUAUUACACCCUUCGAUCUUUGUAUGAGAAAUAAUGUACAGAUUGUCCUUAAGAAAAUGAAAUCUCUGAGAAGAGACUCUUGGUAAAUAUAUUAGUCAGGUGCAAUUGAGUAGAGGCAUACUCAACAAUCAAAUCACUAUGAGACCCAUUCCUUGGCAAAGUGAUAAUCAAUGUGAAUAUGUUUGUUGCAAGCAUGUUGAACCGGAUUAGAAAAAAGAUAUGAUGCAUAAAUAUUGUCGCAUGUAGAGUGUCUUGAACCGUGUAAGUAAUGACCUUGCAUUCAACUUCUAUAGAGGAUUUGGAGACAAUAGGCCGUUUCUUGGAACACUAGGAGACUAUAUUAGGAACCAAGAAAAUUGCAUACAAGCCUAAUCAGCGUCAGAAUAAGUUAUUAUUAUGGAUGAUUCUUAGAUGGGCGAAUAGGGGUGGACUCGGGCCAGGUGGCCCGACCCGGAACCGGCACUGUGCUGAACCAGCCCGGCCUGGUGGCCCGGCCAGUGACCGGUCCGGGUAGGCCGGGCCCGGGGGGUUCUCGGUGCGGGCUCGGGUCACCCAAAAGAUGAACCGGCCAGGCCGGUUCAGGCACGGUUCCGUGGUUUUUGUUUUUAUUUUCAAUUUUUUUAACUUUUCGGGUUAGGCUGGGUAUUUUGGGCCAUUUGGGGUGGUUUGGGGGGUUGGGGGUGGGAGGAAGGUUAAUUAGGAAAAAGAAAAAAAAUUGACCCGAGGCCCGGCCCGGACCCGGUGACUACCCGGGCUGGUCCCGGCCCACCUAUUCAAAACCGGCAGCCAGAAUGGUAUAGGGCAGCACCGCCGCAGACUGUCAACGCGCCGCCGCCGACUGUCCACGCGCCGCCGCCUCCCAGAUCCAGCGUCAUCCACACACCACCGCUCAUCCGUACGCACUGCUUCUGCCGCUGCUUUGUUUCGUCGCUCCCGAACAAAGGUUGGUUUUCAUACUCCCUGAUUUGCUUCUACUGUUCAUCUUCACAGCAGUCCAGCGAAGGUCUUGGUCAACACACUCCAACCGCUGUCUUGGGAACUUACUGCUCCAUUACUUUAAAUUUUCUAUUAUUUGCAAACUGCUGCAAAUAACAGCUUUCUCCAUGAGUUCUACUGCCUUGAAGCAUUGAAACCCUCAGCACGUUUUUAUUUUUUAUUUCUCAUUUGUUUUGCUAAUAUUAGCUUUUCAAUCUUCAAUAAAAAAGAAAAAAAAGAAAAAAAAAUCAGUAUAAAAAAAUGUCUUUUAUAAGUUCUGACAGAGGAAACAACACCAGAUGCUCAAGAUGGAAUCGUCCUCAAUGUGAUUUUUGUCAUAAAACAGGUGUUGGCAAUUACAUGGGAGACCUCCCUCAGCCCAUGUUGCUCAGCCACCACCAUCACCCAUUGUUCUAUCACCGGAAGAAUAUGCAACAUUUCAACAAUUUAAGUUGGCUAAUAUGCAUUUAUCCACACACGGGAUGUCUACCACUUGUUUUUCAAACACAACAGGCCAUGGAUCAUUGACUCAGGUGUCUCAGACCACAUUUCUGGUAAUCUCCAUCGUUUAUCCCAUAUUACCAAGCACCGACAUCUUCCUUUGAUUACUCUUGCUAAUGGCCUUCAAACUUCGGCUUCGGGUAUUAGGCAAGCACUUCCACUUUCAUCCUUACCAUUAGACUCAGUCUUAUAUGUCCCAAACACCCCUUUUAACUUUGUCUCUGUCAGUAAAAUUACACGUGCUCUUAAUUGUUCUGUAACAUUUUCUGCUAAUUCUGUGAUUAUGCAGGACCAUUGUACGGGGAAAACGAUUGGCAUCGGCCAUGAAUCUCAAGGUCUGUAUCAUCUCCAUCCUCUUGAUCCAAUCGUUUGUGUUUCAGUUGAACCUGCUAUUACCUUACAUAAUCGUCUGGGUCAUCCUAGUCUCUCAAAGUUUCAACGUAUGGUUCCAGGUUUCUCAAAUCUUUCAUCUUUAGAUUGUGAGUCAUGUCACCUUGGAAAACAACCUCGUAAAUCCUUUCCAAUGCGAGUCAAUAAACGGGCUACAUCACCGUUUGAUUUAGUUCAUACAGAUGUAUGGGGUCCGUAUCGAGUCACUUCUACUUUAGGUUUCUGUUAUUUUGUUAUUUUUGUGGAUGAUUUUUCUCGUUACACAUGGUUGUUUUUAAUGAAAGAGUGUUUUGAAUUGUUUCAUAUUUUUCAAACUUUUUGUGCUGAAGUUCAAACUCAGUUUGGUCAUUCUAUCAAAAUUUUACGCAGUGACAAUGCUAAAGAAUUUUUUGGUGCAUCCUUUAAUCAAUUCAUGGCGUCACGGGGUAUGCUUCACCAAUCCUCUUGUGUUCACACGCCUCAACAAAAUGGGGUUGCUGAAUGCAAGAACCGACACUUGGUUGAUGCUGCUCGUACCCUAUUAUUACAUUCCCAUACACCACCUCAGUAUUGGGCAGAUGUUGUGCUCACUGCGUGUCAUUUAAUCAAUAGAAUGCCUUCCUCGGUUCUUAACAAUGAAAUUCCCUAUUCUAUUUUGUUUCCUGCUCAUGAUUUAUUUCCAUUACCACCUCAUGUGUUUGGGUGUGUGCGUUUUGUCCAUGAUACGACACCUGGAUUAGCUAAAAUGUCGGCUAGGUCAAUAAAAUGUAUCUUUCUUGGAUAUUCGCGACUCCAAAAGGGAUAUCGUUGUUAUUCUCCAUUAUUAAGAAACAUUUUAUUUCAGCCGAUGUCACUUUCAUUGAGUCGUCCUUUUAUUAUCCAUUAUCUUCAGUUGAUACCCCACCAUGUUUGGACUUCACCUCUUAUCUCCGACCCAUCCAUCUGGAGACUCCCAUUAACCCCCAUCUGAUGAGCACCCAAAUUGCUCUCCUAUGGCAGACCGUCCAUUACAAGUAUACCAUCGACGUCCUCGACCUCCUCCCAUUGUGCCCAUUGUGGCCACGCCGGUUGAAUCCCCUAUGACGGAUCCCGCACAAUCACCAUCAUAUACCCCAGUACCCGAAAUUACUCAGGAUGAUUUGCCCAUUGCUCUCCGAAAAGGUACGCGUUCUACUUCGAAUCCACAUCCCAUAUAUAACUUUUUGAGUUAUCACCGCCUCUCUACCGCUUAUUGUGCUUUUAUUUCCCACCUGUCUCAUAUAUGCAUUCCUAAAACCACACAUGAGGCACUGGCACACUGGGAAUGGUGUAAAGCCAUGUUGGUUGAGAUGGAGGCUCUUCAUUCUAGUGGGACGUGGGACUUAGUCCCCAUUCCCACUGGCAAAUCAGUGGUGGGAUGUCGGUGGAUUUACACAGUUAAAGUUUGAUGGGGAGAUUGAUCGUUUUAAAGCACACCUUGUGGCGAAAGGGUACACUCAGAUAUAUGGUUUGGAUUACACCGACACUUUUUCUCCUGUAGCGAAGAUUGCAUUAGUUCGUUUGGUUUCAUCCAUGGCAGCUGUUGAAAUAGAAACUGAAAUGAUAUUAAAAUGGAGAGAAGGAUUUUUUGUGUUUUUCUAGAGGGUUAAGGCCCUAUAUAUAUAUUACAAAGAUGGAAUAUUCCUAUAUAAGAUGUUAUACAAUAAUAAUGUCUAGAGUAUAUUCCUAAAGCAUAUUCUAGAGCAUAUUCCUAAAGCAUAUUCCUAGAUACAAUAAUACUUUCACACUCCCCCUCAAGUUGGAGCAUAGAUAUUUAUCAUGCCCAACUUGUUACAUAAGUAAUCAACUCGAAUCCCAUUUAGAGCUUUAGUGAAUAAAUCUCCAAGUUGUUCUCCAGUCUUCACAUACCCGGUAGAGAUUAAUCCUUUUUGUAUCUUCUCUCGAAUAAAAUGGCAAUCAACCUCAAUAUGCUUUGUUCUCUCGUGAAAUACAGGGUUGUUUGCUAUGUGUAUAGCAGCUUGGUUAUCGCACCACAACUGAGCAGGCAUUGGUGUCUUCAAUCCAAUUUCAUUCAAUAAAUGGUGUAUCCAUAUUAUCUCACAUGCGGAUUGUGCCAUAGCUCGAUAUUCUGAUUCAGCACUAGAACGAGAAACCACAUUCUGUUUCUUACUCUUCCAGGAUACAAGAUUACCACCAACAAAGACACAAUAGCCAGAUGUAGAUCUUCGAUCAUCUUUAGAACCGGCCCAAUCAGCAUCUGCAAAGCAUUCUAUUCUCAUGUGAUCAUGGUUUUGAUAAACAAUACCUCGUCCUGGUGCUCCCUUUGAGUAACAUAAUAUGUGUUCUACAGCAGCCCAAUGAUCAAUGGUCGAAGAUGACAUGUAUUGACUCACUACACUCACAGAAUAAGCAAUAUCUGGACGGGUGACUGCAAGAUAAUUAAGCUUUCCAACCAGUCUUCUAUAUCUUUCUGGGUCUUCAAACGGUGCGCCUUCUUGAGUGAGUUGCACGUUGGGAACCAUGGGUGUUGUACUUGGUUUUGCCCCUAAUUUCCCUGUCUCAGCUAGUAAGUCAAGUACAUAUUUACGUUGAGAUAGAGAUAUGCCUUUCUUACUUCGUGUUACCUCAAUUCCCAGAAAGUAUUUCAAAGAGCCAAGAUCUUUCGUCUGGAAUUGACUAUGCAGAAAAUUCUUAAGGGCCAAAAUACCUGCAUUAUCACUCCCUGUAAUCACAAUAUCAUCAACAUAUACCACAAGCAAUGUGACACCUGAUUCUGUUUGUUUGUAAAAGACAGAGUGGUCUGAUUUGCCUUUAAUCAUUCCAAAUUGUUCAAUUGAUUGACUGAAUUUCCCAAACCAUGCACGAGCACUCUGUUUCAGACCAUAAAGAGAUUUGCGAAGUCGACAAACUUUACCAUACUCCCCCUUAGCAACAAAUCCCGGAGGUUGCUCAAUAUAGACUUCUUCCUUAAGGUCACCAUGCAAAAAUGCAUUUUUAAUGUCCAACUGAUGUAAGUGCCAAUCAUGAAUUGCAACGAGUGAGAUAAGUAACCUGACAGAUGUUAAUUUAGCAACAGGAGAAAAAGUGUCAGAAUAAUCAACACCAUAGGUUUGAGCAUAACCCUUCGCAACUAAUCGGGCUUUCAACCGAGCAACAGAUCCGUCUGGGUUAACCUUAACAGCAAAGACCCACUUACAUCCGAUAGAUUUCCUUCCCUGUAGGUAAGUCAACCAAAUCCCACGUACCAUUAAGAUCUAAAGCAUUCAUUUCCUUUACCAUGGCUUGACGCCAUUCAGGAUAAGACAAAGCUUCUUUGACAGAUUUGGGAACAGAAAUAGAAUCAAUGGAAGCAAUAAAAGAACAUGAAGCAGGAGAUAACUGAUUGUACGACACAAAUGAAGAAAUAGGAUGAGUACAAGACCGUGUACCUUUACGUAGUGCUAUUGGGAGAUCAAGAUCUGAUGUGGAGACAAGAUCUGAAGAUGCAGGUACUGGUUCAGGACAUGAGAUCGGAGUCGAACUAGUAUCAGGAAAAGUAAUCACAGGUAUCGCUAGUGGAGGGUGAUCAGGUGCUUUGUGUCGACGGGUGUACCAAAUGUACGGGAGGCUUAGGGUCAUGAACAGUAACUUGUGGAAUAUUUGUCGAAAGUGUGGACUCGGGAAUAGUCAUCGUGUAAAUGAGAAUAUCAUCAUUACUCUCACGGUUAUCUGCCUUAGAUGAUGAAAAAGGUGCAUUUUCAUGAAAUGAUGCAUCAAUAGAAACAAGAUACCGAC